CUUCCUAUAUAUAGGGACAACUCUUUCUCACUAUUUAACUAAUCCAUCAAAACAAAAGAAAUAAAUAUAAUAUAAGAUUGCAAAGCACAACACUAAACUUCUCCAUUUAGAUGGAGAAUAUUUCUUGUUCCAUUCUUUACGUCCUUCUCUUUCUUAUAGCUCUUCUCUUAUACUAUCAUAUUUCAUUAAAGAAAUCAAAAUGGAGAAACUUACAAAAAGCAAAGCUGCCUCCUGGUUCAAUGGGCUGGCCGUACAUAGGGGAAACUCUCCAACUGUACUCUCAAGAUCCAAGUGUCUUCUUUGCUAGCAAACAAAAAAGGUAUGGUGAUAUAUUCAAAACACACAUUCUUGGGUAUCCUUGUGUUAUGCUAGCUAGUCCUGAAGCUGCCAGAUUCGUGCUGGUAACUUACGCUCACUUGUUCAAACCAACGUACCCUAAGAGCAAAGAGAGGUUGAUUGGCCCUUCUGCUUUGUUCUUUCACCAAGGAAACUACCAUUCUCGACUAAGGAAGCUGGUUCAGAGCUUGCUAGCUCCUGAAGCUCUUCGUAAACUAAUUACUGAUAUAGAGGACUUGGCUAUUUCUUCCUUGGAAUUAUGGGCGGAAAAAAACCAAACCAUCAAUACAUUCAGUGUGAUGAAGAAGUUCUCCUUUGAAGUAGGCAUUCUUGCUAUAUUUGGUCAUCUGGAUGCUAAGUACAAAGAGGAGCUCAACAAAAACUAUUCCAUAGUAGAAAAGGGCUAUAACUCUUUCCCUACGAACUUACCCGGAACUGCUUAUUACAAAGCUAUGGUGGCAAGGAGGAAGCUUAAUCAGAUUCUUAGAGAGAUAAUCAGUGAAAGGAAGGAGAAAAAAACGGUAGAGAAAGAUCUCUUGUGUCAUCUGUUGAAUUUCAAAGAUGAGAAAGGGAAGAAUUUAACAGAAGAUCAAAUUGCUGACAAUGUCAUCGGAGUACUCUUUGCCGCCCAGGACACAACAGCUAGUGCUUUAACAUGGAUUCUUAAGUACCUCUCUGAUGACCAGAAACUUUUAGAAACUGUUAAGGCAGAACAAAGAACAAUUUACGAAUCAAAUGGAGGAAAGAAGCCGUUGACAUGGGCUCAAACAAGAAAUAUGUCACUAACUUACAGGGUCAUUUUAGAGAGCUUAAGGAUGUCAAGCAUUAUAUCUUUCACCUUUAGAGAAGCUGUGGCUGAUGUAGAAUACGACGGUUACUUGAUUCCAAAAGGUUGGAAGGUCAUGCCACUAUUUAGAAACAUUCAUCACAAUCCAGAAUUUUUUGCCGACCCUCAAAAUUUUGAUGCUUCCAGAUUUGAGGUUGCUCCCAAACCCAAUACCUACAUGCCAUUUGGCAACGGUGCCCAUGCUUGUCCUGGAAAUGAACUUGCCAAACUGGAGAUGCUGAUUUUGAUUCAUCAUUUGGUUACCAAAUUUAGCAGAUUCAAAAGUUUAAGCCAACAGGUGGGGAAUACCAAAGCAUCGGGACUUGUCUAUAAUAAUGGGUGGGAAGUCGAAGUUUCCAAAGGAGCAGUACAGUAUAGCCCAUUCCCAAUACCUCAGCAUGGACUCCCAUCUAGGUUCUGGAAGGAAACAAGAAGCCAAAGAGAUCCCUAGAAAACAAGAUGCCACCUGAUAAAAACUAAUACUAGCAACAGAAAAGAAAAAAAAAACAGACGAUACCUCUGAACUUAGUUUACUGUUUCUGGUGAAACUCAUCCGAGCAACUUUUUUGUUUGCUGGGUUCUAUUUUGUUCCCUUCGAUGAAAUUGUACUAUAAAAUUAUUAGUAUGUAAAGUCAAUCACAUUAUCUAACAAAGACAGCAAUGUCUUUUCUGGCUAAAUUGUGACAUAAUGUAUUCCAAGAUUAUUACUAACUCUGUCCUAUAACAACUUA